AUGAUGACGACGACGACACAGAAACAGCAGAAAAAUACCCACAGACAGCAUUUGCUGCAAUUCUCCUUGUUCUUGCUCUUUUCCAGUUUGGUCCAAGGUCAGCAGCUGUCGCACAAUCAUUUACGAGCCCUCCAACAAGAGGAAGCUAGCUGGAUGGACAAGCUCUCCGAUUUCUUCACCGACGACCGCUGUCUGCGAACGGAAAAGAACACGGCCAAUAGCAAGGAUUUGUCCAAUUGGAUGUCCAAGCGCAAUUUGACUUCCACCCGACUGCUGGAUCUUACCUUGCCUGGAACUCACAACUCGGCAGCCUUUGAUCUAACGACGGAACUCAACACCAAUGAUCCGGAUUACAGUACCGUCGAAGAGGGUACCUUUAGGAUUCCAGACUCGGUCGUUUCCCAAUGGAUCUGUGGGUACGCCUUGACGCAAUCUUUGAGUUUGUCGGAACAAUUGCAAGCGGGAAUCCGAUACUUGGAUUUGCGAUUUGAUUUUGAUUCUGUCACGAACCAAUGGAGAGGAUAUCACUUUCUGUGGGGACUGGAAAUGUCUGUCUUGUUGGAACAAAUUGCGACUUUUGCCAAGGCGCACCCCCAAGAAGUCAUGGUCUUGCAAUUUGGGACCAUUUACAAUCCAGGCGUGACGGCCGAACAAAAACAAGAUUAUGCCAGCAAGAUUACUAACAUUUUUGCCGGUCAGUUGAUUCCUACUUCUAUUGACCUGCAAAAUGUCACGAUUGGAGAACUCCAAGAGGCUGGUACUUCUAUCAUGGCGGUCAUCCGUGACAAUGAAAUUGCCACCUUGUCCGAUGUCUUGUGGGACGACCAAAAUACCAUUGAGAAUACUUAUGCUCCUACAGACGAUACUGACGUUUUGAAAUCGUACAAUGAAGAUCGUCUGGCAGAGUUUUACAACCUCGACACCAACAAUACCAAAUUGUACAAGCUCCAAUGGAUUUUGACGCCCACUGUGGCUUACAUUCAAGCAAACCCAUUGGUGGGGAACCUCUACGUACUGGCCCAAACGGCCAACGAACGACUGGUCGAAUUCAAACGGCCCACCAGUGAAACCAACCAACAGUUGGGUAACAUUUUGCUGCUUGAUUACGUCGAAGUGAGUCCCCUCUUUGACGUACUGGAUUUGUCACAAUACGCGGACGGAAACUUUGUUCAAGAAGAAGUUCCGGAACAAGAUACCUUUUCGUCAGCGGCCAAAGUUGGUCUCGGCGUCGGAUUGACCAUGUUUAUUUGUGGUCUAUGCUGCCUCCGCAAGUGGUGCAAAAAGGAUAAGAACAAGGACUAG